CGUCACCAACAUCCUUCCUCUUAACUCUACGUUAAGGUGAUUGUGGUUGUUAGAAGGGUGUGUGCCGCAAGGUACAAAAAUUUAAAAAUAUCUAUUAUUUUAAAUAAUAAUUUUAAAGUUGUGUGUAUACAAUAUACUCUAGUGGAAAGGGAGCUCUUUACAAAGUACCGACCAUGGCGUCGGAACAAUUCUCAUUAUGUUGGGACAAUUUCCACAAAAAUAUGAGUUCUGGUAUGAAUUCGUUACUGGAAAACGAAGAUUUAGUGGAUGUCACGUUAGCCGUACAAGGAAAAUGUUUAAAGGCCCACAAAAUGGUUCUUUCAGUUUGUAGUCCGUAUUUUAAAGAACUUUUUAAAUCGAAUCCGUGUCAACAUCCUAUUGUGUUUAUGAAAGACGUUAGUUACGAAGCUUUAAGUGAUUUAUUGCAAUUUAUGUACCAAGGAGAAGUUCAAGUUAGUCAAGAAAAUUUAUCGACGUUUAUUAAGACUGCAGAGGCCUUACAAAUCAAAGGUCUCACCGGGGACGGUAAUGGUUCGACCGAUAACGACGUUACUGAAGUACCGGUGGAAAAACAUACUCCUCACGUUGAGGAAUACAAACCCAUUCCCGUUUCUCGACCAAAGAAACAACAGCUCUCGUCCGCCCCACCAACGUCUUCACCUUCGGUUAAACGUCAAAGGUUAAGUUCCAACGACGCUCAAUCCAUACCGCAAACUAUCACCAAAGUCGAACCCGUUGCCCCUUCGCACCAAUCCAUCAACGUUUCGACACCUGAACCCGCCGCCGUACAUUUUAAAAUGGAACCGUACGAUCAAUCGCAGAACCUCCUCGACGAAACUGGUGAUGAAAAUUUCGGCGACGAUACUUUGGAUGAAAACGUAGGGGACGAUACGGAAGAUUAUUCGAUGAUGGAAACUGGUACCGGUGGUCCUGAGGAAGAACCACAAGCCGGUACUAGUACGGACGGAGCGGGUGAAGGACAAGGGGUUAUUUAUUUUGAUGUCGGGCAGAAGAAACCGAAAAUAAUUGUUGAUAAUCACGAAUAUCUGAUGCGUACAAACAAAACAGGCGAGACGCACUGGUUAUGCAACCAGUAUUACCACCCUAAAACGGACGUUAGAUGUAAAGUUAAAGUUAUAACUAGUGGGAAAAUGGCGUUGAUUUACGGAAAACAUAUACACAAGCCUAAGAUGAAAUCUUUAAGGGAAUAUAUGAAAUCACAAAAUUUCACAGUUAUCUACAAUGAUUAAUUCAAUAAUACAACGAAUUUGGACAUAUUUUUUUUGUGAAGUAACAAGAACAAAUUAGAAAAGUUCGUAUCUAAUUUCUGUAUAAAUACCGCAAUUUUUGUUAUAAUAUAACCAUAAACUAAUCAUUGUUAUAUAUGUAAUUAUUUUACUGUAAUAAAAUUUUCAACGUCCUAACGCCGACUCUGUUCUUUGCACCGCCGACUAGAACUAUUGCCAAACCAAAUUAACAAUCAUACAAACAUGGCAGCGCAGCGUUGCCACAAGCACCUCGAAAGCGUCAGUUCUUGCUACCUUAUUAUAUAUACAAUGUGAUAUUUAUACUUUUUAUUAUAGUUUAUAUUAUUUAUAACUUAAAUCAUUUGACGGAUUACUUAUUAUUCCUACUUAAUUUGGGUUUGGAAUUGUUCAGUUAAGUCAAAAAAAAUAUUUGAUCGCCGGUUUUCAGUUAAAAAAUUGAAUUUGCUUCAAUAAUAGAUAUAAAAAUAUAAACUUUGGAAAUAAAUCAAUGAAUAAUAAUUAAAACUUGAAUGAUUAUAUUUAAUAAAUAUUUUUCCAAUUUCUCUGCCUCUAAAUGAAAAAACCUGAUGGCAACACUGUGGAUUUAUCAUUUCGUUUCAUUUCAAAGCACUGUUACCAGCUUCAUUACGUUGCAUUAAUCUUUAUCCGAUUUGUAGAACAGGUCUGUACUGGCCAAAUGCAGUAGCUAUUUUUUGUAUUAAUUCAUCAUUCAUUGUUUUACUUUUUAUGUUUAUUAAUAUAAAACUAUACCAAGUGCAUUAAAAAAGACUAUACUAACUGACUUUUUGACACCAAUUAAACCUGAAGAACUUAAUAUUUGACUACCGUUUGACUUCUAGUACGUUAUGGUGUAUAUCAUUUUUUACCAUUGAAAUUGAUGAUAUUUAGGCUUAUUUUCGAUAGCAGAGUUAUAUAUGUAUACAUAUUUCGCCCUCGAGUCCCAUAAUAAAUGACACAAUGUUUGAUAGAAGUAGAAGCAGUGUUGCCUUUUAAUUUAAUAAGCUGAAACAUGCAAAAAUCACCAACUCACUCCCUCUCCCUCGUAUAUUUCGUGAUUUUCGCAUAUAACUGUCAAAUUGACAUGAAUAUUUCAAUAAAAACGACGUUAUUUCCAUAGAUUUAGUGAUGGUAUGGAAUUUUUUGUUGAAAUGAUGAAUUUUUUAGAUAUCGUUUAUUUUCAAAUGGGUGCCAAAAAUCCAAAAUUAAUCGUGGACGAUUACGUUUUCCUAUGCGCCAAAAAAACAAUGACUAAAACAAUAUGGAGGUGUUCAUUCUAUUAUUGUUCCCAAAUGGGAAGGUGUAAAACUAAACUGAUCACUACCGGGUUGAUUGUACAAGUUAUUGGAGUACAUAAUCACCCUGUACGUCUUCGGAACGAAAAGAACAUUAACAUGCAGUCGCAGAAAGUUACCAUAAUCAGAACACCACAAUAAUGUUUUUGCUAUAUGAAAUUAGAACACCCUGUAGUAUAUAUAAUAUCGUUUAUAAGUGUUACAGGGACAUUUUACGAUUUUUCGUUGUGAAAUUUUUGUUUUGAAAAGAGAAAAAGUAUCAAGUUUUAAAUUUGAGACGUCUUGUAUUUGUAGGACAAUCUGUAUUACUAGUUUGAACUAGUUCAUUUUCCUAAUCAAAACAAUCUUCCCAAUUAUUUAUUUUUUUUAUUUAAACUUAGUCCUACCCUGUGUGUGAAUUUUCUUUUUUUUAAUUUUUAUUUAUUUUAGUUAUAAGUGAGUCGUAUAUAUUGACUGAUCCGCUCCUGUAUAAGCUUAAAUAUCGUUUUUGCUACUUUACCCAUUCAACAUUCUUUUCUUAUUACUGUAACCUACGAAAAUGAUGAAAUAAACGAAAAAGUAUUA